CUGGCACCACACCCCAGUUACCAACAUAGCAACUGAGAAAUGUUACAUGCCAGCAUUGCCCUUCUCUCUACAGAAGAGCAAGCAGGCAAUAUCUUCCAGAAAAAUACCCUUCUCUGUAGCACACUCCUCAUGAUGACAGAUUCGGUGGUUUUUCACUGUCCCAACUGUGAGAUGGGCUUUCACUCCAGUCGACUCUUAGAGAAGCACAUGGAAAGAUUCUGCAUUGGGCGAGAAACGGCUACUUAUCAUCAACCACAAGCAUCAAAACCAAAGAGGCAUAACUUAAGAAACUUGGAAGAUGAGGAAUACAAGCAACAAGGACCUGGUUUAAGAAGCUUAGAUUCUACAGGAGGUGUUUCAAACAGUCAAACGUUGAAGAAACUAACUGAAGAGUUCCAGAAACUGAGGAUGUCACUGGAAGACACUCUUCCUACAUUCAGAAUGCUCCAGACAAAGAAUGACAACACCCAGCAAAUACUCCACCAACAAGAAUAUUGGCAGCGCCAACAGCAAAUGGCAGAAAUGCAUGAGCGCCAGUUGGCUGAUAUCCAAGCCAGAAACCAGCACUUGGAACAACAGAAGAAUGAGAUCCACAAACGCUUGGAGGAACUCAAACUAGGAAACUCAACUACAUCUCAUAUAGAACAGUUGCUAGUGGAGCUCAAUACUCAGGAGGGAAAAAACCAGCUAGCUUUGAAUGCUCUGCGGGAACAAGUGGGACUUCUGCAGGUAGCAGCAGAGAACAGGAGUAAACCAGAACACCCUACCAUGAUAAAAUCAGACAAUGCUACAGACAAGGCAGAAGAUAAAGUCUUCUUCAAAUCUAUGCCAUUUCCACCAGCUGUUGGUCCUCUCUCUUCAGAGAUACAGUCUGUAUACUUGGCUUAUGUACAGAGUGGAGGUAGUGAUCACAACAUCCUUCGUCAGAUGUAUGAGUUGCAAGUAGAGGCUGUAGGACUGGAGAAAACUGAAGCAAGGCCCGAACACAAGGGCAGGAAGAAGAAACAUGAAAGCAGCCCCAGUGCCUUUUCACGGGGUCUAGAUGCUGAACUCCUAUCUGUUGAGCUGGAGAACCAGAGACUGGAAGAUGAAAUACUAAAGUUAAAGAUCCUGAAGGACAGAAGGAGAAUGGAAGAUGGUAGAUGGUCUGCCUACACUGCUGUAGUUGAGCCAAAGAUAACAGCCUAGGAAGUUUGGGAUUCAUAAUAGUCAACAAUUCUGCUUCAGGGGGAAGGAUAGGCAGCCACCUCUAUAAUCAGGGGAUGGGAAUACUGUUUACAUCUUAGAAAUACCUUUUGUGAGAGUCUUUUCGUUUUGGAGCUUCAGGAGGAAGGACAGAAUGUUCAUUAAUUAUUUGCACACUAAACAGUGACUCUGGACCAGUUUGCUGAUGAACAAAGUUGACUUCCAUGAUGAUUUAUUACUGGGAGAAAUUCUAAAAGAUGGAAGAAGUGGCCUGGAAACUUUGGACACAGGGCUGGCUAAACAGCAGCUGAGAUAUAUGGCAGAGAUGGCUCAGUUGCAUGCUGAGAUUGGC